GCUUGGCAAAGGGCGUGCCUCCAAGUUCCCGUCACCUUUUGAAUGGGAUCGCGUUUUGAAUCGAGAGAUGAUCUCGCUAAAUCCGCUUCAUCUGAAGAUGAGCUUAACCGACCAUUUUCUGAUGGCAGCGACCGGCGGCGGCGGAUGAGUGAUGACGAUCAUCGUAGCGUGCAAUCGGGCACUCCGGACCUAACAGGUAUGAUGUCUGAAGCGUCACGCCCUCCGCUCGAGCCUCCAUUCUCUCCUUCCCGCCGCAGACGUCGAUACUCGUACAACGAGGAAGACGAGACCACUGCCCUCGAUGGCGCUGAGGGUCCUAGCGCGAAGCCGGUGUCGUGGCGCUCGCUUCCGAAAAAGGGCCAGUUGGCCAUCAUCACUGUCGCCCGUCUAGCAGAGCCUCUUGCACAGACGUCGCUUCAAGCCUAUAUGUUCCACCAGGUGAAAUCCUUCGAUCCAUCGCUUCCAGACUCUACGGUUUCCACACAAGCGGGUAUCUUGCAAGGAUGCUUUACUGCUGCGCAGUUUGCUACGGGUGUGAUAUGGGGACGGCUAGCAGACACCGAAUUCUUUGGCAGAAAGCGGGUGUUGCUUAUAGGACUGUUUGGUGCCUGCUUAUCCUCGGUUGGUUUUGGUCUCUCUAAGUCCUUCGCUGCCGCUGUGGUCUUCCGAAUACUAGGCGGUGCAUUGAAUAGCAAUGCCGGAGUGAUGAGAGCGAUGAUUGCAGAGAUAAUCGAAGGGAAAGAGUAUCAGUCGCGAGCGUUUCUGCUUCUACCUAUGUGCUUUAACACUGGCAUGAUCUUGGGACCGAUACUUGGUGGGAUUCUAGCAGACCCGGUCAAGAACUACCCUGGAUUAUUUGGUCCGGGCUCCCUGAUCGGUGGCAAAGAUGGUGUCUGGUGGAUGAAGCAAUGGCCCUACGCAUUACCAAAUUUCAUCAGUGCAUUGUUCAUGUUAAUCGCACUUGUUGCAGUGUUCUUGGGACUUGAUGAACCCAGUGAACCAGCUCGAUCCGCACCAGCGAGUCCCACGACCAAUCGAACGCCCACCAUCCGUCGCAAGCGCCCUCCGUUUCGACAAGUGUGGACCCGGAACGUUCUCCUUACCCUGCUCACCCACUUCGUACUUCCGCUACACACGAGCGCCUUCAAUGCUCUAUGUUUCCUAUUCCUGCCGGCGCCCCGCGCUCCAAACAGCCGCGAGGGUCUUUUCCUCUUCGGAGGCGGUCUAGGGAUGCCCAGCUCUCGCGUCGGCCUAGCAACCGCCAUAAUUGGAAUCAUCGGUCUGCCAUUCCAGAUACUCGUCUACCCGCGAUGGCAGUUCCGCCUCGGCACGUUGAGAGCAUUCAGGGUCAUUUCGAGGACAUUUUCUAUUCCGGCGACUGUUAUCCUGGUUAAUAACUCUGUGCCUGAUCCCAGCGUCCUAGCCACCGUACAUGGUGUAGCGCAGAGUGUCGCAUGCGGUGCAAGAGCAGUAGGCCCGCUACUUGCUGGAUGGGGAUUGGGCCUGGGGUUGAAAAAUAACAUUGUGGGAGGUGUCUGGUGGGCGCUAGCUUUGAUAGCGAUACUCAAUUGGGCUCUUACUUGGACCAUAUUUGAGGGAAAUACGGAGAAAGGAAACGGAGAUAAAACACACCAUUCUCCGUCUCAAUGA